GAAAAAAGUUCAUUGAUAUCAAGUGCCAUUUCGGGUGUUUUCAUCAUUGCAAGUUGUUAAAAGAAUUUUCAAAAAGGCCAAUACCUGAAGAAACAAAAAUGCCUAGCCAUCGAGUGGAUAAUUCGAGAAGUCAGUGGUAUAUAAGUAGCAUCUUCCUUCUAUUCUGGCUACUCCUGUUUCAAGCGGUAGUGGUGCCAUUGUUCAACAGUCUGCCCAACGCCAAGACCCGGCAUGAGUCUUCCAAGGGAGUAUUCAUCGCCCAAAGGGCUAUGGAAAAUCUCUAUAACCUGACCAACAUUGGUCCCAAAGUAGUUGGCAGCUUCAACAACGAGAACAAGACGGUCCAAUAUUUGCUUAAUGAAUUGGCUUUGAUCAAGGAGCAGGUGCUGGAUGAUUACUUCGAUAUCGAGAUCGACCAUCAGCAGGUUUCAGGUUCCUAUAUUCACUGGACCAUGGUAAACAUGUACCAGGGAGUCCAGAACCUGGUCAUUAAGCUCAGCCCAAAGAAUUGCACAGGCGAUGCGUACCUCCUGGUCAACAGCCACUUUGACUCCAAGCCGACGAGUCCAUCGGCCGGAGGUGGUCAAAUGAUUGCCACUAUCCUGGAAGUUCUGAGAGUGAUGUCCACCACAAGGGAGCCAUUUGAGAAUCCAAUUGUUUUUCUACUAAACGGAGCCGAGGAAAAUCCCAUGCAGGCUUCCCACGGCUUUGUUACCAAGCACAAAUGGGCCAAGAAGUGCAAAGUUUUUCUUAAUCUAGACGGCUAUGGUGGUGGAGGGCGCGUGCUACUUGCUCAAAGUAGUCCCGAUCAUGCCUGGCUGGUAGAGUAUUACAAAAGUUAUGUAAAACACCCGUUUGCCACAGUCAUGGCUGAGGACAUUUUGGAAGACUUCCCAGUGGAUACCGACUUUAGUAUUCUAACUAAAUAUAUGCCAGGUCUUAAUCUGGCCCAGAGCAUCAACAGCUAUACCUACCAAACCAAGUUGGAUAGCUACAACAUUAUUUCAUCGGAUUCGCUCCAAAGCAUUGGCGAUGAUGUACUUAGCUUGGUACGCGCCUUUGGCAAUGCGAAGGAGUUGCAGGACAUUGAGGAGCAUGCCGGUGGAACCCCUGUGUUCUUCGAUUUUCUGGGACUGACCGUUGUCGGGUACUCGAAAGUUUGGCUUGUAAACUGGACCGUGGCAGGAGCUACCAUUUUCCUUAUUGUGCUAUACCUGUUCAAAAUAUCGUGCAUGUCUAAUGUAUCCAUACGUGCAGUGAUUGGAUUCUUCGUACCAGUUCUAAUACUCCAGAUCUUCGCCUUUUAUCUGGGCUGGAUACUACCCAUAUGGGUGGCAAAAAUCUUUGAUAGUUGUGGCCGAAGCUUAACCUAUUUCAGUUCCCCGUCGCUAAUGUUUGGUCUAUACGUGUGUCCCAGUCUCUUUGGACUUUGUUUACCCUCAAUUAUCGUUAUGCCAAUGUGUCGUGGGCAUGCUGUGUCCUAUGCUCGAGUAUUGCAUCUUUUUAUACUGAACCAAGCACUCAUUCUGGCGUUCCUGACCAUAUAUUUCACUUGCUCGGGCUACAAAAGUGCUUAUGUUAUCACCUGGACUCUCAUCUUUUUCGAUCUUCAACUGCUCAUCAAUUUGAUCCUCCCAGAUGUCCAAUUCUCUUGGACGGGAGCCCUUUUGAUAUGUCACGGCUUUUCAUUCUUUUAUGUGACCUAUUUGCAAUACACUCUAAUAAAGACAGUUACUCCUGUGAUGGGACUACUGGGCAGAAGCGAAAAUCCUGAUCACUAUAUAGCACUAAUCAAUGCCAUGGGAACUAUCCUAGCAAUGGGCUUCUUGAUUCCUUUGGUCAAUAUGUUCCGUCGUCCUUUUGCAGUUUUAUUUUAUUUGUUGGUAAUUUUCGUCCUUAGCAUCAUUUUAGCCUCCACACCUUUCGGUUUUCCGUAUCGGCCAAUAACAAACGUGCAACGAGUUCCUUACCUGCAAGUUCGACGUACCUUUUUCGACUACAACGGUACUAUUAGCAAGGACGACUCGGGGUAUUUGUUCAACUUCCAGGAUCGUCACGGACACACUCCAUUGGAAAGCACUGUAAACUUAAACGGGCUAGUGGGGAUUUCUGAAGACUGUGAAAAGUUCAUGAUGUGUGGUCAUCCACUUUUCGAUCACCACUGGGUAAAGAACCGAAUGGAUCUGAUGUGGCUGCCACGGGAGAAGCUAAUCGAUCCUCCCCGAGUGCCCGAGGUGGACCUUUUAAGCAAAUUUGUCCACCCAGACAAUAAAACCAUUCAUUACAAAUUCAAGAUAAAUGUCACAGAUCACACAAGCAUUUUUAUCCAACCUUACAAAAAUGUAAACGUUAAAAAUUGGACAUUUCCGAUGAAAUACAUCGAGCACCAACCUCCCUAUCAUAUAUACUUCUCAUACGGCAACAACAAUUCUCCUCUUUUCUUUUUCAUAGAUUUUAAUAAAAGCAACGGAGACUUUGAGGAGCCCCUGUUCGAAAUGGGUGUAUCAGGACACUUUAUUGGCGAUAAAGGAGACAAAAUCAGCCAGGACUUUGCUAAUUCCUUUCCCGACUUUGCCGCUACAAUCCAGUGGCCCACUUCAUAUCAACAAUUUAUUUUCUAAGCUAAAGAAUAUCCGUCCAUUAACUUCUUAAGAAGUCAAAAUAUUACAAUUAAUUCGUUAAAAGA